AUGACCGUCGAGAGAGAUUCUUAUUUCGCAUAUAAUCUAGGGUCAUCUAGCACCGCCGGCCUCGGAAGAGUCGGCAUUUAUUUCUGGCGACAGGAUUGCGAGGAAAACGCGAUCGCUUCAACGACGCCCACCUACACGCAAAGUAACGAGAGGUACAUACCUGCGUGCAAGCGGAGGUGGCGAGACGCGCUCGUACAACAGUCGUGUCGGGUGGCGCGCGGCAGACUGGCGGCAGGCGGGCAGCAGUGUGUCGUCGGCAGCAGCAGCCGCCCGCGCCCCGCGCCGCAUGCUGCAUUCCAUGCGUGCGCCCGACGCCGUCGUCGGGAGAGCCGCCGCUCC